CCAGUGCAACAUUAUUUUUUUUAUUUCAUAGCUGCUGAACAUUUUUAUGCAAUCACUCUCUUUGCGAAAAAUACUUAAGUGUUUUUAUUUUUUUCUUUAAUUUCUUGCAGGUGAUUGAAAAUUCAAUUGAUCACGCAUCGAGACCAUGGAAUAUGUAACAGUUGUGUCGGUGGACAAUGGAGCCAUGCUGGGCGAUAGUACGGCGAUUUGUGGAGAGAAGAAUGGUGUCUCGGCUGUGGAAAAGUCUCCAGAUUCGCCAUUUAUAACAGUCUUGGCUAUUGGAGAUAAUCCAACGGCUGCUGUCCAGGCGGCUGAGAAUGUUGUGGUUUAUAGAUUGCCGGGAGAGAGAUUGGGAUUUGGAUUGAAAUUCCAGGGUGGUACAAAGAGUAAUGAGAAAAUACAGCGUCUUUUUAUUCAAUCUUGUGCUCCUGAUAGUCCAGCCUCGAGGGCUACAGCUUCCUGGGGCUUUUUGCGAGAAGGUGAUGAGAUCCUGGAGAUUGAUGGGGUAUCUGUGACCAGGAUGACGAGGAUUGAGUGUGUGAGGUGUUUGAAGGAGAGCAAUGUGGCGAUAAAGUUGGUUGUGAGGAAUGGUGAGGGACGUCCGGCGGACGUAACGGAAAAUCUGGGGGAUGGAAAGGCAAAUUCUCGACCGCCAAAACCACCACCAGUGCCACCCAGAAAGCUCAAUAAGAGGCGAAUUGAAGUGCCAGUAGAACAACCUCCAGCUCAAAGUCAGACAAUAAAGGAUCAGCAGAGACAUUCACUGAGGGCAGAAAAUGGAUUUACACCUCCUCCUGAUGCUGAAUUCUACCUCAAUCUCUUUUCUGAGGAGAAUGAUAGCAAUUUCCGGGGAUCAGAGUCCGAUGAUACGGGUAGUACAAUCUCAACGGUGAUCGAUAAGUACAAGGAUGUCGAUCAGAUCUCAGUGAAUUCCAGCAAAUCUGUCGAACUUGCCAAGGUGCUGAAGCCUUUUACGUUGCUAGAGAAGGAGUUUAAUGUGGAAAAUGCGGGAAAAUUGGAAGAGUGUCUCAUGAGGCUUCAGCCUCCGGCGAAAUUUCAAGAUGACCAAGUGAUUAUUGUUCAGGAUGAACAAAAGGUGCGAAUUGUGAAUGAGAGUGAGCCAACGAGGGUGAAAGUUGAAGGAUCAGAUCCUGCGCCGGAAAGUGACUAUGAAAAUGUGACUUUUCAAUCUGCCCAGAGGCGCGCAGAAGUGCAAAAAUACGAGAAUGUUGUAGUUGAACCUAUUCCGCCAAAACCUCUACCACGCCAAGUGAUCACGGUGGAGCCAAAGAAGAGGACUAUCGUGCCAACUGUACGUCCCCGGGAAAGUACCAAGAAACCAGAGGAUCCGCCUAGUACGUCCCCUGAGUACACAACUAUUGAGAAUUGGCUCCAAGGAGCUCAUGAUCGAGCUCAGGAGGCCAAGAACAAUCCACCCCUGAAGCAAUGCAUCAAAGUUCCGGCCACAGAUGAGGAGGAUGAUGGAUACGUGGAGAGUUCCAGUGAUGAAGAUGUUGAGAAGGUCUAUGAGCCAAUUCUCAUGGAGAAACGUGACUCAUCCGACGGGGAAGAGGGAGAAAAACUAGGUCCACCUGAACUUCUUGCUGGUCCUGGUCCCUCUGAGGCCUAUUUCAACAAUUUUCACUGGUCCGGUCCGGUGAUGUUGCCGACAAUUGGUGAAGUUGAGGAGGAACUUUCAUCAUUGGAGCCACAAACUCAGCAAUCUGGACCACUGGUGAUCAUCAAUGGUGGUGAGGAAGUUUUGAGUGCAUCGCCCGGAGGGGAAUCAAUUGAAGCAAGAAUGGAGAGUCCAAAAAUCAACAGUGAAGAAGUGGAUGGUAAGAAAGCCGAAAGCGAUAACGUGACCGAGGCAUUGGCGAGAGAUACAGAUAUUGGGAAGCGCGAUUAUGUGGCGAAUGGCAGUGAUAAGAGGACAAAUGUGGAUGUAUCAUCUCCCGGACGCUCUUCUGCUGUGCCAUUGAUGCGUGAGAAGUCACCGUCUGAGGAAAUAACUUCAGCUUCAGCGAUCAGUGUGGCUUCAGACGCUGCCGCAUGUAGUGAUAGUGUGAUGGACGUUACAGUGACCAAGAUCGAGAGGAUAAUUCUUGGAACAGAACACGGGACUUGUGUCGAUGUGGCAGAAAAAUCUCCAGCCACAGAUCACAUCGCGACAGACAUCAGGAAUACAAAUGCAGAGAUCGAGGGUACUCCAGACACUCAGCAAGUCAUCCAGAAGACACCCAAAACUGCUCCACAACACAAAGAAGACAUGGAGAGAUCUGCUCUUGUGAAUAAUUGUACAACAUUGUCGACACAUUUAUCACCACCACCACCCACAUUCAGCCGCUUACCGCCCGAUGGUCACGAAUUCCCGCCAAAUUUCAGUGAUACAGAACCCACGACACAACAGACACAAUCAGGGAAGUCUCCAGUGAAAACAUUCUUAGAGGAGGCUCCACCUUUGCCCAAGUCAGUUCCACCUCCUCUCAUUUCCCCACGAGUUUCUCAGCCGCGUCAGGAGUUGCUGCUGAAGAUGGACGUGGAGAGACCACAGAAUGGUACGGUGUCUCUGGUGGAGAUGCGUAAGAAGUCCAUUGAGAGCACUGAGACAGCACAGACUGGACGUGUCAAGCCAUUUGACAGUAGUCCCAGGAAGAGUAGCCUCAAUUCCAUGUGGCGAAAGGAUGAGCGUUCGGAGAAGAGUGUUAAGGACAAGAUAGCCAUGUUUUCGAAUCCAGAUACCACUCAGGGGAUUGGUGAUUUGGGCAAGAAGGGCUUCAACCGCAGCACAGAGGAUUUGCUGGACAAAUGUGAUUAUGCCAGCCAUAAGAGGGUGGCUAAGAGUGAGAGUCUAACCAAGAAGGCGAGAAGUGUUGAGAAUCUCGAUGUAGAUGAUGUUCCUAAGAUGAAUAGUGGAUGUGACGUUGAGUUGAGACCAAAGGCCAAGGUGCAACAAGUUGAAAUGCCCAAUUAUUCAUCCCUUCCACGACGAAAUGGAGGUCUUGCUGGUUCUGGUCAACUGACACGUACCAUUAGCUUUUCUGGGUAUGGAAGUGGUGUCUGCAUGGAUGACCGUCGGCGGAAUUCAAUCACAAACAUGCUGGAAACGCGAAAGAAGUCCAUGUCCAAAUUGAGGGGACUCGUUAUUCCGGAGCGUGUGGCGCCCGAACCUGUUCUUCUGGAUCUACCUGAAAUCAAGAGUGCCGAUCUGCAGAAGGUGGUGAAUGGAUCGCGAUUUUCCAUGCCGGACGUGUCCGUGGCGUCUCCCGUGCGCUCCUCACACGUCGAACGGAAGAUCAAGAUGACCCUGCCAUCGCCACCGAGCCUCGAGACGCGCUACAAGAGUAUCUUCGAGGGCACUCGACGACCCCUCACAACCUCCCUCAGUCGACCACUGAUGGCCACCAAUGGUCAUGGCGAUCAUGGUGAUGAUGAGGCUCACAAGAUUCCUCCAUUGACACCACCCGUGAAGCCUCCCAGGACCUCCCUGAUUGUCCAGAAGACCCCACAAACUGACGACAGCGAGGACAGUGAUUCAGUGGUGAGUUCGAGGAUAUCAACACCCGUGGGAUCACCUGUUGUGCCCCAUGGAGGAGCAGAGAAGCUACCUCUCACCCGGACACUCAGCUCAGAGACCAACACCUCCAUCGCUAGCUCCACCACGUCCACUCUGACGUCAGGAUCGGGAUCCCAGGCCAGCUGCAGUUCCCUAGGGUCCACUCCGACUGUAGACAUGAAAAGGCGGGUCGUUAAAUCCUCUUCAAAUGAGAGUGGAAUCAACAGGAAGAGCAUUUUGGCGUCUGCGAAAAGUCGCAGUGGUCGGGGAGAUGAUCACACAGCGCGAUCAACUCGAUAUGAAGAUGAAGACAGCACAGAUGGGUACGAUGAGGAUGAGAUUAAGCGGCCAAAGCCUAAAAUUCGCAAUUCUCUGACGAAUGGCAAAGCCAAUCAGCCUGACCAUCAGAUGAUCAAUUACAAGCUUGUGGAUACGAGUGAUAUUCCCAGUAUUGUCGAUCGGGUGAUAAAUGUGGCAACUUUUGUGGAAGUUGUGUCCGAUUCUGAGGAGGUGAUUCCAAAAGUUGAGUCAGUGAAGAGUCUGGAGGUGGAAAAGAAUGUAUUGGAUCCCAUACGGAGACUCAAUCACUCCUCUUCCGACGAAUUGUCUGAUGGCAAUGAGAUGAAUGAGGUGGCUAAGUGGGUGAGAAAGGAGGCGGCCAAGACGAUUGAGGAACCCACUGAAUUGGUCAAGAAUGUGAUUAGUGUUGAGCCACGGGCAAAGGAUAAGGGUGAUGAGAUUGUUCCUACAACACGGACAAUUCCCAAGAGUCUCAGUGAGCAGAAGAAACUGUCCACGGCGGACAUUCGGAGGCAGUUUGAGAGUAAGAGUUCAAGCAGUCCCUUCGUGCCAUCGCCAACACGACAGACUGCUGCACCCACAACACCCACAAAUAGGGAUAAAGUCAUUAACUACCACGAUCGCUUCUCCUCUUGGGAGUCCGUGGCAUCAAAUUCAUCGUCUGGCGUGUCUUCAAUGCCAGCCAGGAGCAUUCAGAGCAACGGCAGUGAGACUAUGCAGAGUACUCCGACAGAUUUUGGUAGUUUCUCUUCUCUGGGCAGCAGUCACAGCCUGAUCACGGCUCAGGAUUUGCAGUUCAUCAUUGAGGAGGCAGAUCCUCCUCUGCAGACUCACGAGGCAUUUGUUGUGGUGCUGCAGAGAGAUUCACCAGAAUGCAGCAUUGGUAUCACUUUGGCUGGUGGGGCAGAUUACGAAGCAAAAGAAAUCACAGUGCACAAGAUCCUGUCCAAUUCGCCAGCAGACAAGGAUGGCCGGCUCAAGAAGGGCGACAGGAUUUUAGCCAUCAACGGACUCAGCAUGCGAGGAUUAACUCAUCGGGAGUCUGUAACUGUUCUCAAGACUCCGCGACCGGAAGUCGUUGUCGUGGUCACGAGAUCUCCUAGCGUCUCGGCAUCAGCACUUACAAAGACCAAGAGAUCUUCUCUUGGCUCCCUGACAUCGCUCACGGAGAAGGAAGCACCCGAAGUGGGCGAGCCGAAGCUCAAGAGCUUUCACAAGGCAUCGCGAUCCCUUGAUCUGGACAUCAUGGUGAAUGAAGCAGAUGUCGCCACUUCAAGGGAAUCUCUCAAGGAAGAGAAUGGGAUUAAAAGCCCUCCAGUGAUUUCCAGUGGAAUUUCAACAGCUGCAAAACUGGGCAAUGGGACUGUAGAUGCAGAUGACAAAUUGGCGUCAUCAUUUGUGAAACUCCGGACUGUGCCAAAGGGAUCACGUGAAGUGGAAGUGGUGAAGGAUUCCUGUGGCUUGGGCUUUUCCAUUGAAGGUGGAUUCGAUUCGCCACUGGGAAAUCGUCCGUUGCUGGUGAAAAAAGUCUUUAUGGGUGGUGCUGCCGAAAAGUCCGGAAAGGUGAAAAAUGGUGAUGAAAUUGUUGGUAUUAAUGGAUUUUCAAUGGCAACUGUUAGCCGUGUUGAUGCCUGGAGCUACAUGAAGAGACUGCCAAUUGGACCAGUUAAGAUUGUUCUGCUGUAGUCAUUCCGGGUUAGCAUGUUUUUGUCGGGAGGAGUUUCGUUGAGCAAGGAAAUAUUUUAUGUGCAAUUGAGAUAAAUUUUCACGUUAUUAUUUAUACAUAGGGAAAAUCGUAUUAGUGAUUAAUUUGUCCUGCAAGGAUAUGAAGAAAUUUUUAUUGAAAAAAAAAUCAGACACUCCUCUGACGCCAAGAUACUUUCUCUUUGGAGCGCAUUUUAUUUAGCAGCACUGAUAAAGAAGAAAAUACAUCGAGUUCUGCUCGGAUUUGUUUGUCAAGCAUGAAAAUGAAUCCUGAUGCAGAUGAGAAAAUUUGCCAUAAAACAAUUGAUUUAUUUUUUUGAAUGAUUAUAUUCCUAUAUUUCUGCUAACUCUAUCAAUAGGUACUUUCGCACUCUCAUUUGUAUGAGACUUUCUGCAAAAAAAAGAAAACGGUAAAAGAUCUUCUCAAUUAUGUUAAUUCCUUGAAGUAUUUUGAAAUAAAAGAAAAAUCCUGUCGAUAAAUCUUCCAAAAAAAAAGUCAGAUAUUCUUUAGUGACGAUUUCUUGCCUAUUUGUUGAUGUUAUUAUUUGUUUUGUUUUUGGUUAAAAAAAAAAAAAGAAAAAGGAAAGAAGAAAUCCUGCAGAAAGAAGUUCGUCGAAACGAAAUGUGGUACUUAAGAAUGAAUCAUUGCGCGAAAUUCGCCUUUAUUUUUUUUGUAUUCUCAUCUUAUUAAUCCGAUACUAUUAUAUUGAUAAAUAAUUAACUGUAGGUAUUACCCAACUAUUUUUAUAUUCAAUUCCAAUGUGCUUUUGUAAAUAUUUGAUGAGAAAAUAAAAAAAUGAUGAAAGUUUCAAGUAUA